GGCAGGGGCCGGCCCCGGAAGGCGGGGCCCGUGCGGGCCCGCGGCGCUGGCCCUCCGGCCGCGGAGGAGGGCGAGCCUCAGGGGCUGCUGGCCGACUACGUCCAGCGGGCCGGCGGGAGCGGCGCCGUGGCGUGCGCCGCCUGCGGGGGGGGCCUGCUCGGGGGCCUGCUGCUGCUGCCCGGGGCGCCGCAGGUCGAGUUCGCGGGAGUCCGGGUCGUGGGCUGGAAGGCGCCAGUCGCAGGCAUGGCCGUCGGCCUCUACGGGAUCCAGCUUCCAGAGGGCGACUUCUGGGGCGAUGGCUGCAGGAGAGCGGCGAGGCUGGUGCUCGCCCGCGCACGGAGGGCCCCCGCGCCGCGCGGGCCGGCGGGCGGGCCGCCGCCCUGACGGCGGCAGAGCG